GCCUCGUUGUUGCCGGAGCCGCGGCGUUUCCUUUUCCUCACCCGACGUAGCCAGACAGCGAGCGCAGACCUCGACUCCCAGCGCUGUCCGUCUUGGGCGCGCCAUGGAGGAGGAGCGGGCCGGGGAACAGAUGAGACCGCUACUCACAACGGGACAUGAUGAAGAAGCUGUUGUGGAUACAGGAAAAAUCAGCUCUACUAUCAACACAAACUUUGAGAAAGAAGAAUUAGAAAGUCAUAGAGCUGUAUAUAUUGGUGUGCACGUCCCCUUUGGAAAACAGGGUCGACGGCGUCAUAGGCACCGUGGUCAUAAACAUCAUAGACGAAGAAAAGAAAAGGAAACUGAUAGAGAAGAUGGGCGGGAAUCUCCUUCCUAUGACACACCAUCCCAGCGGGUACAGUUUAUCCUUGGUACAGAGGAUGAUGAUGAAGAACACAUCCCCCAUGAUCUAUUUACUGAAAUGGAUGAACUUUGUUUUAGAGAAGGAGAAGAAUAUGAAUGGAAAGAAACUGCCAGAUGGCUAAAAUUUGAAGAAGACGUUGAAGAUGGGGGUGAGCGAUGGAGCAAACCUUAUGUGGCUACCCUGUCUCUCCACAGUCUAUUUGAAUUGAGAAGUUGUAUUUUAAAUGGAACAGUCAUGUUAGAUAUGAGAGCCAAUUCACUGGAUGAAAUAGCAGACAUGGUAUUGGAUAACAUGAUAGCUUCUGGUCACCUUGAUGAAUCAAUGAGAGAGAAUGUCAGAGAAGCCCUUCUCAAAAGACAUCAUCAUCAGAAUGAAAAAAAGUUUAGUAAUCGGAUUCCCCUCGUCCGAUCCUUUGCAGAUAUAGGCAAGAAACAUUCUGACCCUCUCUUGCUUGAAAGAAACGGGGAAGGCCUUUCAGCCUCCCGUCAUUCUUUACGAGCAGGUCUCUCUGCCUCAAAUAUUUCCCUGAGAGGAGAGAAUCGUUUGUCCCUUCUUCUCAAUUACCUUCUUCCUGGAUCUCCAACAACCUCAAGGAGUACAACCCCUUUACCUACCCCACAAAGCACUCCACCUUCCAGUCCUAGGUGUGAUCCCAAGGGAACCACAAAUUUCCAGCCAACUGAGCAUCAGGUGUCUCCUUCUAACGAUGAUAUCCCUAAAGUAGUAAUUCAUCCACCCGAGGAAGAUUUAGAAGCUCAGGAAAGCAAGAAGAGGACAGAGGAAAAUAGUGACAUAACAUCAGGGCUCUUAGCAUCACCACAAUCUGCACCUGGUAACUUGGAUGUUGGAAAAAGUGGAGAAUUUAAAAUUAGUGGAACAGGAGGGAGUAGAGAAAACAGCACUGUUGACUUCAGCAAGGUGGAUAUGAACUUUAUGAGGAAGAUUCCAAUAGGUGCAGAGGCAUCAAAUGUGCUGGUUGGAGAAGUGGAUUUUUUAGAGAGACCAAUUAUUGCUUUUGUGAGGCUGUCACCAGCUGUGCUUCUCACUGGUCUCACAGAGGUUCCUGUUCCUACCCGAUUCCUUUUUCUGUUGCUGGGGCCAGCAGGUAAAGCACCUCAGUAUCAUGAAAUUGGUCGAUCAAUAGCAACGCUCAUGACUGAUGAUGUUUUCCAUGACGUUGCUUAUAAAGCCAAAGACAGAAAUGAUCUGCUAUCUGGAAUUGAUGAAUUUUUAGAUCAAGUGACUGUUCUUCCUCCAGGCGAGUGGGAUCCAUCUAUAAGAAUUGAACCACCCAAGAGUGUUCCUUCUCAGGAGAAGAGGAAGAUUCCUAAGUUUCCAAAUGGAGCUGCUUCUCCAGGAGAAUCCCUUAAAGAAGAAGGUCAUCUUGCUGGAUCUGAACUACAGAGAACUGGAAGGCUUUUUGGUGGUUUGAUACUUGACAUCAAAAGGAAAACAACUUUUUUCUUGAGUGACUUCAAGGAUGCAUUAAGUCUGCAGUGUCUGGCCUCGAUUCUUUUCCUAUACUGUGCCUGUAUGUCUCCUGUAAUCACUUUUGGAGGGCUCCUUGGAGAAGCUACAGAAGGCAGAAUAAGUGCAAUAGAGUCUUUAUUUGGAGCGUCAUUAACUGGGAUUGCCUAUUCACUUUUUGCUGGGCAACCUCUGACAAUAUUGGGCAGCACUGGACCAGUACUAGUAUUUGAAAAAAUAUUGUUUAAAUUCUGCAAGGAUUAUGGGCUUUCUUAUCUUUCCCUACGAACCAGUAUUGGUCUAUGGACAUCAUUUUUAUGCAUCCUAUUAGUAGCAACCGAUGCAAGCAGCCUUGUGUGUUACAUCACUCGAUUUACUGAAGAGGCUUUUGCUGCCCUCAUUUGCAUAAUAUUUAUAUAUGAAGCACUGGAAAAGCUCUUUCAUUUGGGAAAAGUAUAUCCUUUCAAUAUGCACAAUGACCUUGAUAAGCUGACACUGUAUUCAUGUGUAUGUGCUGAGCCUCCAAAUCCCAGUAAUGAAACCCUGGAGCUAUGGAUGAAAGCCAAUAAAUCUCUGGGUACUAUACCAUGGACCAACCUCACAGUUAAGGAAUGUAACAAUCUUAAUGGCAUAUUUGUUGGAUCAGCCUGUGGACACCAUGGUCCAUAUUUCCCAGAUGUUCUUUUUUGGUCUGUCAUAUUAUUCUUUACAACAUUUUUUCUCUCCUCUUUCCUCAAGCAGUUUAAAACCAAACGUUAUUUUCCCACUAAGGUACGUUCUACAAUAAGUGAUUUUGCUGUAUUUUUGACAAUAGUGAUUAUGGUUUUCGUUGAUUAUCUUGUGGGAGUUCCUUCCCCUAAACUAAAUGUGCCUGAAAAAUUUGAACCUACACGAAGUGAUCGUGGAUGGUUCAUCAGUCCUCUAGGAGGUAAUCCUUGGUGGACACUUGUAAUAGCUGCAGUUCCUGCUUUGCUCUGUACCAUCCUUAUUUUUAUGGAUCAGCAAAUUACAGCAGUUAUCAUAAACAGAAAAGAGCAUAAACUCAAGAAAGGUUGUGGUUAUCAUCUUGAUCUACUCAUGGUUGGCGUUAUGCUAGGUAUAUGCUCUAUCAUGGGCUUGCCUUGGUUUGUGGCUGCAACUGUUCUUUCCAUAAGUCACGUCAACAGUUUAAAAGUAGAAUCUGAGUGCUCAGCUCCAGGAGAGCAACCAAAGUUUCUGGGAAUCCGUGAACAAAGAGUGACAGGAUUGAUGAUUUUUGUUCUGAUGGGGCUGUCAGUGUUUAUGACUUCUGUAUUGAAGUUUAUUCCAAUGCCAGUUUUAUAUGGUGUUUUUCUUUAUAUGGGAGUAUCCUCACUAAAAGGCAUUCAGUUUUUUGAUCGUAUUAAACUGUUUGGUAUGCCCGCCAAACAUCAACCUGAUUUGAUCUAUCUGCGCUAUGUGCCACUAUGGAAAGUACAUGUUUUUACGGUAGUUCAGCUUACGUGUCUGGUACUUCUGUGGGCAAUUAAAGUAUCAGCUGCUGCUGUUGUUUUUCCUAUGAUGGUUUUAGCUUUAGUUUUUAUUCGCAAACUUCUGGAUUUGUGUUUCACCAAACGGGAGCUUAGUUGGCUUGAUGAUCUUAUGCCAGAAAGUAAGAAGAAAAAGGAGGAUGACAAAAAGAAAAAAGCAAAGGAAGAAGCUGAACGAAUGUUUCAGGCAGUGGACAGUGAAACUGUACACCUUCCAUAUGAAAGAGGUGAAGUAUUACAGAUUCCCGUGAAAGCUCUAAAAUACAGUGUUGACCCCUCUGUGGUGAACAUAUCAGAUGAAAUGGCCAAAACUGCACAGUGGAAGGCUCUUUCCAUGAACACAGAGAAUGCUAAAGUGGCAAGAUCUAACUUGAGCCCUGAAAAUGAAGCAUGUGUGAAAAUAGACAUUGAAAAUACAUCGGAAACAAAGUAUGUAGAUGCUGAAACCUCAUUAUAGAGGUAAACAAGGGUAUUAUUUUAUAGGGUAUAUUGAAAAAGGGUGACUUCAAGGCUUCUUUUAAGUACUACGUACUUAAGUGAACAGCAGCAAGAUUUUCCAACAAGAAAUGUCUAUCACUCUGGAAAUAUUUAUUUUAGUGGAAUGUUUAUUUCAAUUUUUUAAUAGGAAAAGUAAAAUUACUUUUUAGUUACCAGUAUGUCAAAGAUCACCUUUAACUGUAAAUUAUUGGUUUGCAUUGUAUCGAUAAGUGUUUUAUAUAAUUUAUUGCAAUACAUAUGUCCUGUUAUCAGGCAGUUACUAUUUGGGUUUUUGCAAAUGUUAUGCCAGUUUAUAAGAACAAAUCUUACAUAUGCAAUUUAGUGAAUUGCUCUAUUUCAGCCUUCAUUUCAUAUUAUUUUAUGAAUGAUUUAAUUGUACUUGUGUGUGAAUUAUUUCCUGAGUUGUACUAUUAAACACCAUUGUAUUGCAUUUUUUAAAAAAUCAGUCUUAUAUGUAGUAGUCAACUUCUCAGUUUUAUUUCUAAAUUCAGCAACCACAAAAUAUUACAAGAUUAGAUUAUACUGAAAGAAUAAAGCAGUUUUCUAGUACAGGAGUCUAGAUUGGCAUUUAAUUAGGGAGCCUGUUAAGAAGGGUAAACAUGAUUAGGGUUCUCUUUUUAAUAAGAUAAAAAUUUCAUUUCCUCCUGUGCAUCCUGCAAAUACAUUCCAGAGAACUGGAGGAGUUAAAUGUUGAUUUGUAGCUGUAGGAGAGCAAAGAAACUUCUAUCACAUAAGUGGAAAUUUAUUCCAGUGGUGCUGUACUGGAGCCUGUGGAUUUACGUUAAUUGUUGAAAUCUCUUACAUAUACAUUAUUGCUACUGGGCACUGAAAAUAAAUUUACGUAGGUUCUUGAAUCCUUCAUUUUAAAAUUCAAUUCCAGGCAAAUAAAACUAGAAUUGUUUUAGAAAUCAUAGCAAUUUUUUUUAAAAAGGUUUCAAAAUAUAUUUAUCUUAGACCAAUAAAAGCAUUUAUAUAAAAAUGCUGGGUGGAACUGAGUUUUAUCUAGCCAAAGCUUAAACCCUGUGUUUUGCUCAGUCUUUAUAGAUUUCACUACAUAUAUAUUCCACUGAAAUGAAUAAGGUUGCAUUGUGGUUAAAUAGUACCUGCCAAUUUGAUAAUAAAACAUUUUGUCUAAAAUUAAAGUUCUUAUUUUAGCUCACUGUCUAGUACUGAAGAGAAACCUUUUAAUAUAAGCAUCCAUUUUUAUAUGGCACUAUAUGAAAAUUGUAGCAGAAAACCCGCAUAACUUAAUUUCAAACUAAAAUUGAAGGUACUUUGUUUUACAGUGCACCAAAGAAUUGUUUGUUUCAAAUCUUACAAUGUAGAACAGGGUUCAGAAUGUGUAAUCCUCCCAAUAUUGUUGAACUUCAAAGUUUGGCAGCAGGGCCUAUCAGUAAGGGAUGCAGGGAGUUCUAGUUUGAAUUGACAACAUCUAGAGGAUGAUAAAGUCUAAAAUUCCAGCAAAAGCAAAUUCUUGAAUAUACUUAAACUAAUUGUGGAUUUUACCUGAAGCAAGUGAGAGCAAGUAAUGCAAAUAAAAACUUUAGUAGUGAUAAGGUUUUGUUGAACAGGGCCCCUUCAUUCUCAGAAAUGCUCAAAUGUAAAACUGAGCAAAGAAGGAAAAAAUAAAUCACUAAUUUGUAGGCAAUUAUAUUAAAAUGAAAAUAUGAUGCUGAAGAACAAUCAAAUUAAUGUUAAUAUAUUUUGGGUUUGUAUGAAAUAUUGGAAACAGGAUAAUACUUUCAUUCCUGGAUGCUUGCAUAGCUUGUGCCUUAGCUUUCUUUAAGAAAUAUGCACUUUUCUUUAUUUGAAAAUCAUAAUCUUGUCUAUAUCUCAUAAAUAUUGUUGUAUCUUUGAAAUUAUGUUUCAAAUUUGUUAUUUAGUGUAGGCAAGUGAGAAUCAUGUUCAUUAGUAUUGGUAGCAUUCAGAGCUAAUUAGGCUUGUCUUCCAUUAUUACAGAUGUUCAUAUUCAGAGCCAUGGGUAGAAAUUUGCAAAGACCCAAACAGAUUGUUUUGAAUUUUAACCCUUUGUUUUCAAAUGCCUGAAAUACAGUAAUGCUAUUCAGAUCAGCUUUUCAGUGCCAAAGGGUUAAUACAUUUAGUAAUUUAAAUAAAUAUCUGAAAAUUAUUGAGAAUCACUAUUUAUUUCUUAAUAAUGUAAAAUAAUUCCUAAUGCCAGGAAUAUCAUGACUUGCAAUAUAGUUUACAUUGUUUGCUCAAAUAUUGGUUAUUAAUGCAUUAUUACACAUUUUAAUUUUUUUGAUAGCAGAUGUCCAAAUAGCAUGUUUAAAACUCCAGUGAUAAUUUAUAAUUUGCUGCUUAUUGUACGUUGUAAAAACAUUAUUUCCUUUUCCAUAAAUAAAAUUAUAGUAUUAAGGUAAAACAAUAAAAGACAUAGCUUUUAUUGUAUGUAGAUAUAAUUAUUGCCUUAAAAGGUGUAAAUGAAUAAACUUACUGUGCACUGAUUCACCUUACGGUGAAAUCUAAUUUAUAGCCAGUAUAUUCCCACUAGCAGAAUAGCUAGGUGACCGUUUUCUAGAGAACUUGGUUGCCUCCUCAGGAGCAGAUUGAUUUAGUGUGGAAAUAGCUGCAAAGCAAUCCCAGGAAACAUACUUUUUCUAUCCUUCAAAGCAACACAUUUUCAGUACUGUUCUACAGGAUGUCUGAAUUUUAAUACUAUGUAGACAUUUUCUUUAAAAUUGUUUAAUGUCAUAUAUAGAACAUAGUCUUUUUGAUUUUUUGUAGGAAUUCAUAAAACCUUUUCUGCAUAUACAUAAAUGAUUCAUUAUGCUUAGUUUUCAUAUUCCAUAUUAUUACUAUAUUAAAAACAAAUUAUUCCAGAUUUUCAAGGCAGUCGACAAAAUAUGUAAGAUAGUGUUCAAAGCAUGUUCAUCACUUAGCAUCCAACAACAUGUUUUUAUUUUUCCUCUUUUACUUCAAUUGAAUUUAUUUCUGUAUAUGGUAGUCUUAUAAACUGUGCUGUCUGGGAAAAAUUCCAACUAUAACUGUAAUGUCAGAUAACUGUAGUGCAUUACAAAUAUUCAUGGCUCUUCAUUGUUUAAAAGAGUUAUGUAUUAUACACAUUUGUUAAUGAAUUGUGUUGAUGUCCCAAACAUGGUGCAUGUUGGUCAUAACGUACUGAAUGUUAUUUCUUUUUGACACAUUUUGGUCAGUAAUUUAAUGGUUGUUAGAGUGAUUAAUGUAGGUGCCAUGUGUUAUUCAAAACAAAUGUUAUGAAGAACCCUUUAAUUUCAUGAAUGUACAGGUACAUAAUGUGUCCAUGGAUACUUGUAUUAGGAGUAUAAAAUAUUGUCUUGUGAUUUUACUAUUUUGAAUUUUCUUUAUUACUUUUUAGCAAAUUUAUCAGUAAUAGGAAAAUGGUUACAAUUGGUGUGAAAAUAAAAAUUUUCAUAUUUAGUGUAUAUCGUCACUGUUUGGCAGACUUAGAAUAACUUAUUUAAUGGGCAGGUUUUUAUAAAUGAAAUUUAUUAGUUAGAAGAUGCAUCCUUUGAUACCUUCCCUUUUGUCAUUGAUAUUUUAUUUUGUAAGUGUCUUCCAGUGUUCAGAGCUGCUUCCUGAACAAAACCAUUUACUUUGAUUUGAGGUGUAAUUCCACAGUGUAUUCCAGUUUAUAUGACAGUUUUCUAAUCAUACAGCAUUUUCUUGUAUAAUUACAUCCAAAGUUACAGUUUGAAUGUAGAAAUAAUAUUUUAUUCUUUUAUAUAAAGCCUACAAAAUUCUCCAAUAUGUAAUGGAAAAAAAUCCAAUCUUUAUCAUUUGUUUAAUAACUAUUUUUUGUAAUAUUUCAAAAGGUUGACAAAAAGCAAUAAAAUGUCACUGCUUUUAAA